CGGGCGCGGGCGCGGUCCGCGUGAGCGGGGGCGGCUCGGCGCGGGGGCGGCGAGUGGCCCAUGGAGGGCGGCGAGUGGCGCGUGGUGCACUUCCUGGUGGGCGCGGGCGCGCGUCGCGAGGCGGCCGCCUUCCCGCCCGACGCCUCCUCCGACGAGCUCAAGGAUCUGUUCCGCUCGGCGGCCGAGGCCGGUCCGCUCGACAUCCUCAAGCUGUACGGCCCCGGAGGCCGCCUGCUCAACAUCUCCUCGCGCCUGGCGCCCAACAGCGCGGACCGCCCCUACCGCCUGGAAGUGGUAGCCGCGCACUGCCAAGUACUGUCAUCUGCUGCUGCAGGGAUGCUGCUGGACGAAGUCGGUGUGGACCUGCGGGCCCUGGAAGAAAGGGUGGCGCGGCUGGAGGCGCAGCUGCGUGGGGACCCCGGGGAGCUGCCGGCCGCCGUGCGCCUGCUGCAGCAACAGGUGGAGCGCUUCCGCACCAAGCUGGAGACGGCCGAGCAUCUCAGCUGGAUGGGGUUUUACAAGGACAUGGCUCCCCCACUGUCGACAGAAGCUUGUCGACGUCUGCAGUAUCGUCGUAAGAGUGACUCGAUGAAGAAGAAAGUUCGAGAAAAAUUUUUCAGUAUAUGCGACGCCGCCGUCUCUGAAGAAGUACGGUUGAGGCUGAGGCAACCGACGUUUGAUAGCUACCAGUGGGAAGACGAAGAACUUCUGCUCCUUCUGCAGCAGAUGUACAUCGACUUGGAUCUGCCCUCCAAGUUCGGGAUAGAGAUGCCCGUGCUGAGGGCCUUUCUUUACGAGGUCUACAAGAACUACAACGAUGUGCCGUUCCACAACUUUCGACACAGCUUCUGUGUGGCCCAAAUGAUGUAUUCCAUAGUGUGGGCUGUUGAAUUGCCAUCUAAAGUUGGUGACCUGGAGACACUGGUACUGUUGACAUCUUGUAUAUGUCACGAUCUCGAUCAUCCUGGAUACAACAAUAUUUAUCAGAUAAAUGCCAAGACGGAGCUCGCUCUACGCUACAAUGACAUAUCACCUCUAGAGAACCAUCAUUGCUCCGUGGCGUUCAGAGUUCUAGAAAACGCAGACUGCAACAUUUUCCGAACCAUUCCUGCGGAAGUGUAUCGGCAGGUGCGAGAAGGAAUGAUCCGUUGCAUCCUAGCCACCGACAUGGCACGCCACAACGAGAUUCUGGCGCAGUUCAAAGAGACAACACCUGAGUUUGACUUCGAUAACAAGGCACACGUGAAUCUGCUGUCGAUGGUGCUGAUCAAAGUGGCGGACAUCUCGAACGAGGCGCGGCCGAUGGAGGUGGCGGAGCCGUGGCUGGACCGCCUGCUGCAGGAGUUCUUCAAGCAGAGCGACGCGGAGAAGCUGGAGGGGCUGCCCGUCACGCCCUUCAUGGACCGCGACAAGGUGACGAAGCCCUCGUCCCAGUGCAGCUUCAUCGGCCUCGUGCUUCUGCCGCUCUUCGAGGCGCUCGGCGAGCUCUUCCAGCCGGUGCGCGACGCCCUCGACUACUACCGCCGCCUCAACGAGCGCUCGCACCACCGCAAGAGCGUGAUCGAGGUGGGCGGCGGGGGCGGCGGCGACGGCGGGGGCUCCCUGGCCAAGAGCGGCAGCGCGCACAGCGUUAAGUCGCGGCGCAGCAUCGCCAGCCGCUCGCGCUCCGCCGACAUCGAGGACGGGCUGGUGGGCGGCGGCGCCGGCGGGCUGACUGACGCCGCGCCCUCGCCCGCCACCGCCACCGUCCAUGAGGAGCAGGAGGACGCCGACGCCGACGCGCUCGCCGACGAGGACGCCACCGCCGACGCGGCCGCCGCCGCUGCCGAGGACGACGACGACGGCGAGGAGGACGACGAGGACGAGACAGCGACGGAGGUGGAGGUGAGCGAGAAGACGCUCAAGUUCAAGAUCGCGACGGAGUCGAGCAUCGGCGGCGUGGGCAGCGGGCGGCGCAGUUGCCCCGGCAGCCGCAAGGGGAGCCGCGAGCGCACGCAGCAGGAUUACUGUUGUCUUAGAGUUGAUCUUACAGUCGACACAAUUGUAUUCAUGCCUGUAUUUGCAAGGGAGGUUCAAGAGGCACCGCCAAAUAAUACACAUCCAUCUUCCCUUUCCUUUUGUAUGUUAUAUUUAAAAUGUAAUGUUUGUAGUUUGUUCUUAAAUUUUUGUACCUAG